AAUCCUCUCACCCACGUUGAGUGAAAACCAGACCUUUCCGCAACAUGAAAACCACGUUCAUUUCUUCCAAAGAAAUCCAAAAAAUUUUCAGAUUCAAUUUUAAGCUCAAAUGGUGGCAACGGCAAUCUCUUCCGCGGCAACCGCCGCAACCGCCGCAUUCUCUUCCCCUUCUUCAUAUCGCUUAUCCCCAUCUCAAACAAAAUCUCUAGAGUUCCUCGCCAUGGCGACGAAAAAGAAGGUCAACAGAUACGACAAGAACUGGAAGAAGCAGUGGUAUGGAGCGGGAAUCUUCUCCGAGGGAACCGAGGAGGUCAGCGUUGACGUGGUGAAGAAACUGGAGGAGAGGAAAGUGUUGAGCGGAGUGGAGAAAGCUGGCCUCCUCUCCAAGGCGGAACAGUUAGGUUUUACACUUUCAUCCAUUGAGAAGCUUGGUUUUUUCUCCAAAGCAGAGAAGCUAGGCCUUCUCAGCUUUUUUGAGAAGGCAGCGGGGUCGUCACCAUCGACACUUGCGUCUUUCUCCUUGCCUCUCAUUAUCGCUGCCGUAGCGGCGAUCGUGCUCAUCCCGGAUGAUUCGGCUUUACUCGUUGCGGCACAGGCGUUUGUUGCCGCCUUGCUUGGGGUUGGAGCUGCUGGUCUGUUUGUUGGAUCCGUGGUGCUAGGAGGCUUGCAAGAGUCGGAGUAAAGAAUGUAUUAGUUGCAUCUUUUAUCAAGGUUCGUAUUCUCUGUAUCUUCUUAAUGUAAUAAGAAUUUAUUGAAUUUUCUGGCAUAUGGAAUGAUCUUAAUAGGAAAAUGGAUUAAGCUAAAAAAUGAAAGGAAGUUAGAUACAAGAUUGGUCAAAGAUGAAUGUUUUGAAGAA